AUGUCGCAAAACGCAUACGAUGAGCCUGUUUUCUUUGCAAACUACAGUGAGCUGCCUCGUUCGCAGAAAGGCCUCGAUGGCGCUUUAGAGUGGCCUCUGUUGCGGGAUUUGGUCGGAGAUGUGCAGGGAUACCAUGUGCUCGAUCUUGGAUGUGGUUUUGGGUGGUUCUGUCGAUGGGCAGUCGAGAGCGGAGCCCGAAAAGUACAUGGGAUUGAUGUUUCUCAGAAUAUGCUCCAGAAAGCAAAAGCUUUAACUACGCAUCCCGAGAUCACAUACAGUAUCGGCGAUCUUGAGGCAAUAGACUUGGGAGAGGACUCAUUUGACUUGGUUUAUAGCUCUCUGGCUUUUCAUUAUCUCACAGAUGUGAAAGAGCUCUUUGGACAAGUCUAUAAGCGACUUCAAGCCGGAGGGCGUUUUGUUUUCUCGAUUGAACAUCCCAUCUUCACUGCCCCUAUUGUUACUGCCCCAGCCUGGACGACAGGUGUCGAUGGAAACACUGUGUGGGGUGUUGACUCUUAUGCUGAAGAGGGCCUUCGCAAACGGGACUGGCUUGGGAAGGAAGUACACAAACAACAUCGCACGGUGGAUACCUAUAUCUCAUUGCUUCUGGCCAGUGGAUUUAUCUUGACGGCAGUUAAAGAAUGGACGCCGACGACUGAGUACAUUACUGAGUAUCCUGAGUGGAAGAGAGAGAGACAUCGUCCACUUUUCCUUAUUCUCGCUGCCCGAAAACCAGAAACGGAUGGAAGGCCAGGAUUAAAUCAUCAGUCAGAGUCACGGUAA